AGACAGUGUGAGAGACACUGCUCUAGCCUGUAAUAUGUUGAUAGACACCCGUUUAAAAAUGUGCAGGUACAUUUUUGCAACACAUUUUAAGACUAAAAGCAUGCAGUGCAAAUGGAGAGGAUCUCCUGUCCUUGUCUUUUUACUUGUACUUUCACUUCCAUCUGCGUCAUAUGGUUCUCACUUUUUGUCGUUGCUUUCAACUUAUAUUCAAGGAGAAACACAAUUUCCUAAAUUUAGUUGCACAACAACUCUGGAUGACAUUACAGUUGGAUACUAUAAUUCAGAGACUUAUUUUCCAAAAGGGAAUACGACGAAAGAGGAUGAUGUGAUUGAUUCAGAUUACAUAAAGGGUAUAAGUGACUACAUGUAUAACUCAUUUUUGAGACGAUCUGCACUGUUGAAAGACUACAGCCAAAAUGAGAGUCUUGAUGUUUAUCAGACACUGGUUGUCUGUGAGCUGCUGGAACUUGACAAGCCUGGAAAGAUGAUUAUCAAAGAUGCUGCUGGUGGCUACACCACAGAUGAGCUGUGUUACUUUAACAACAUAUUUACUUACACUGUAAAUGUGACUGUAAAUAUUACACAAGAAGUGCUCAAACCUCACCUGGAAGAAUUUAAGCAGGAAUUUGCAAAGUUCUUUUACCCAGUUUGCAUAACAACUCUCAGGAAUUACCUCAAAAAGAGAGGAGGUCAAGUGAAUAGAAGGAUAACACCCAAUAUCAAGCUCACCCAGAAAGCAAACUCAGAUUCUGGAGGGAUUCGUGUGAGUUGUUUGGCAACAGGAUUUUACCCUCGUCACAUCAACCUGACCCUGUUCAGAGAUGGGCAGCCUGUAGCUGAUCAUGAGAUCACUGGAGGAGAUCUGCUGCCCAAUGCUGACGGGACGUACCAGAUGAGGAAGAGUCUGGAGAUCAGUGCUGCAGACAAACACAACUUCACCUGCUCUGUCACACUCCUCAGUCUGGACAACAAACUGGACGUCACUUUGGAAUUCGAUUUCAGUGAACCAUUUAAAACAGCGAUUCUCUCAGUGCUGAUAGUUUUGGCUCUAGUGUUGGUGUUUGGGACUGGAGUCAUCAGAUAUAAAUGGAGGAAGAGACGAGCAGAUUCACCCAGAAGUGGUUAUUCUGCUGCUUCUACAUGUAAAGAACAUGUCGAAACGAACAUAAUCAAAUUAAAUAUCAUGACUUGAUGCUACAUGGAUCAACAUCUUCAAACAAUGAAAAAAUGAGUUUCGACAGUUGUUUGGCUUUAUUAUGAAAUAA